AUGAAGGUUAGAUUCCUAAGUGAAAGUGGGGAAUUUGAGCUUAAAACGAGCCUGAGGUCUAUGAAAGCGUGUUCAAAUCCCCGAACCACAGUCUUACGCAGCCGAAUACUUAGAUUGGGAUGGCUCAUUUGCUAUGUGUUGGACUCGGAUGCUAUCCCGGUUACGGACCGGCUUAAUUCAUACUUACCGGCUGACUAUUACCUAAAACACCACCAACUCUACAACGCUAUAACGUAUUCGACAAGUUUUAAACAGCACCAUAAUAACUCUGUUCUGCAAUCGGAACUGCGAUAUUGGAGCAAACUUGGAGAGAGACAACAUAACGCAUAUAAUGAAGAGAUAACCCAAACAAGGAAGAAUCAGGAAAUCGUGCGCUUGAGUAAGGGUAUAUUUGUAUAUACAUUUCUAGAAGUUGAAAAGUUGGAAAUAUGCACAGUCUGCAACUCCACAAGAAUGAAUAAAUGGAGGGAAUAUAUCUGGAUUGAAAACCGUAGACUUGGGUAUUAG